AUGCUUUCCCGGUUCUUGGGGGGCAGGGAAAGACUUUCCCGGUGGGAGCUGUCCCGCGAGGAGCCGGGAGCGAGGCUCGGUGAUCCUCGUGGGUCCCCUCCCACAGCAGGUGCUCUCCGAGUCUGUAAAUCACUCACUGCUUCGUCUUCGCCUCCUCUUCUGAAGCAGUGUUCAGCGUUCGGGUCUGUUUGCGGAAAUGAGUUGAUUAUCUUUUUGGCUGACCAAAAGGAACCCUACUUUAAGCCCCGUGUUAAGUUACCAAUGAAAUCUCUAAGUGUUACCAUAACCAGUGUAGUUCCUGGAGAUUAUGAUGGUGAUUCACAAAUGGAUGUCCUCCUGACUACCCGGGCACAAAAUCAUGGCAGAGAUGAACUUUCAGUGUUUAUUUUCUGGGGGCACAACCAAACGUUAGAUCUUAACCAUAAAACUAUGUUAAAUAAGACUUUUCACGAUGAACCUCUAGUAAUGGACUUUAAUGGAGACUUGAUUCCUGACAUCUUUGGUGUCACAAGUGAUUCAAGUAAGCCACAGAUAUUUAUAGGCGGGAACUUAUCGUGGCAUGCUGUGUUGGAAACUCAAAAUAAGAUGUAUAUACCGCACUCCCAUGCAUUUAUAGAUUUAAAUAAUGACUUCACUGCAGAUUUGUUCCUUACUACAUCACCAAAUUCACAAAACAUUCAGUUUGAGACAUGGGUAAAUAAGGAUGGGAACUUCUCUAAACUUGAAAAAAGUAAGAAAGCACCUAGCGGUGUGGAAGUUGUUGGACAAUCCGUGUUUGCAGAUUUUG